UCUGUUCCAUGAAAUCACUCCUUGUCGGCAAACAUGCACGGACACGUGCACCUAUGUCUCCGGGAGAUGGUGAUAGAGCAGUAUGGAAGAGAAUCGUGGGAUGCUAUUUUAAAUGAAGCCUCACUGGACGAUGAUAACGAUUUUAUGUUGUUUCAUUACUAUGACGACAAGAGAACCAUCAGUUUGGUGGUAGCUAUCUCUAACAUUACCGGUUUAGAUGUAAGUGGUGUGCUAGAAUCGUAUGGACAUUACUUUUAUUUUUACGCAACCAGCCGAGGAUACGACCGGAUGUUGCGGACACUUGGGAAAGAUUUCCACACAUUUGUACAGAAUCUAGACCUUCUGCACUCUCUUUUGGCUCUUACAUACAAAGGCAUGCGCCCUCCGCACUUUCGGUGUGAAAAGAAGGACGGGAAACUGCUUGUUCACGUUUUCACCGUCCGCCCAGGAAUGUAUCCGGCCGCCAUUGGGAUGUUGACAGAAGUCGCUCGCCAGAUUUUUGACACCCGUAUCAAUAUGUCUGUUGUUACAAGGAAAACAGGAGAGAUAUUUAAACAAAAAUAUUGUGAGCACGUUAUUACGGAGGUCAAAGUCCUAGAAGAACAAAAAAUGGCAGCCAUUACAGGAGAGGACCAACUUAUGACUAACCACGUGCAAAGCAAACUUCAACAACUUGCGCAUGCUCGAGAAAAUUAUGUGGUUGCUGUUCCUGAAUUAAGUCUGAAUACAGCUUUGCCUUUUAGUGUUGUUUUUGAUAAGAAUAUGUUCAUCCAAAGUGCAGGACUUCAUUUGAAGACUCUCUGUCCGGAAAUUCAACAAGAACAAUCAAAAAUCAAUGACAUAUUUGACAUUAAAGAACCGGAAAUGAAAUUUGAAUAUAACGCCAUCAUGGGCUGUAACAGUUCUUAUAUGUAUUUCUUUCUACAACCAAAAGUUAAGAAUCGCAACGGAACACCACCUAAGUCAGACUGCCCCAUUUUAAGAGGUCAUAUGGUACCUCUGGAGGACAAAGAAGAGAUCAUGUUUAUCGGAAGUCCACACUUUGACAGCCUAGGAGACCUGAUUUCUUCUAAUAGCUAUCUGACAAACAUUCCCCAAGACAAUAUGACCAUGGAAAUCAUGUUUAUGAACGAACAAAGACGAGCUGACGUCGAAAUGAGUAAGAAACUUGACGAAACAACCGCGGCAAUGAAAAAGCUGGCGGCAGCUCUAGAUCAAGAGAAAAAGAAAACUGACACAUUGCUGUAUCAGAUGCUUCCGGUUAAAGUUGCUAACCAGCUGAGAGAUGGCAGGAAUGUGCAAGCAGAAAAGCAUGAGAAUGUCACCAUCCUAUUUAGUGACAUUGUCACCUUUACAAACAUGGCGGCCCUGUGUCAUCCAAUGGAUAUCGUGGAACUUCUUAAUGAUUUGUUCCAACGGUUUGACGAGCUAACAACAAAACACGAUAUAUACAAAGUAGAGACAAUCGGUGAUGCUUACAUGGUAGUGUCUGGAGUCCCAGAAGCUACAGACGAUCACGCCAUCAGGAUAGCCAAUAUGGGCCUCGAUAUGAUUCAACAAACUAGUCACGUGAUCAAUCCUGUCACAAAUAAAUCUAUCCAGAUUCGCGUGGGAAUACAUACUGGUCCUGUGGUUUCGGGAGUUGUCGGGACUAAGAUGCCCAGAUACUGUCUAUUUGGUGACACAGUGAACACAGCCUCGCGCAUGGAAAGUCACGGACUUCCGGGGCGUGUUCAUAUCAGUAACACUACGCAUAGAGAAAUUCGGGAGGUAGGCUACAUCUUAGAGAGACGUGGCGGACUUGACGUAAAGGGGAAAGGCAUCAUGGAUACAUACUUUAUUAAUGGCGUGUCUGACAAUUUUGAUCCAAGUAGAAAAUCCCAAACACUACCAGAAGAAAACAGGGAGCCCGAGCGAAUCCAAAUCAAACGGGUCUCACCAACACCGGAGAGAAAACCGAACCCGCAGUCAGGGAGCAACUCCUCGUUCUGUUCCAUUAUGUGAUCGGCCUUUGAG